CAAUGCGAGUCUCUAUAUAUGUGCUUCUUCUCUAGCAGUCUUUAAACCACCCUGCUGGUUAUUCUCACCGCUUGCCAGUGCCAUAUAUUAGUACCCCUUUUCCUGACAAUCUCCUUAUCUUCCCAAAUCCUGGGCCAUGUCAUCCUAUACUCCACAGACAAAUUUGUCGCUUGAACGGUCUCGUCUCGUUGGAAUGAUGAUGGGAGCUAUAUCCUACGGGGUAUACCUUCUGCUUACAGUACAAGCCGUGACUGCUCUCAUCCAACGUCCCCGACAUGGGCAGAAAAUUGCAAAUAAUCGUCGCACCCUUCUUUGUUACACACUCAUCACGUUUGCAUUGGGGACGAUAAGCUUUGCUUGCAACGCAAAAUAUACGGAGAUGAUUUGGAUAGACCUUCGUGAUGCGCCUGGUGGUCCUGUCGCGCUGAUCGAGAACGUAAUGCAGUACCGUAUCAAUUUUCUGGCGAUAUGUUGUGGUUACGUUACGGAGUGGUUGAUGCAAACCCUACUUCUUUACCGAUGUUUUGUGAUAUGGAAUUGGGCGAGACAAGUGAUGAUCCCCAUGGUCGCCCUCUAUAUUGGCAUGAUUGGAUCAGCUAUUGUCGUCUUGGUCCAGGCGGGUACCGGGGCGCCAUUCUACACUAUCAGCGCCGCACUUGCAUACCUCACUUUCCAAGUGGCGCACACUGUACUUUAUACCAUUCUCGUGACGAAACGUUUGCUCGGCAUACGAAGCCAGAUGAAGCAGGCAUUGGCAGAAUAUGAUUCUGGGACCCAUGAUACCAUCAUCCUCAUGGUCGUCGAGUCUGCCAUGGCAUUCAGUGUCUUCAUCCUGAUCUUCAUAGUUGCAUUUGCUGUGCAUUCAAACGCUCUCUCCACUCUAUGCUUCCUGUCUAUCAAUCAAAUUCAGGGAAUUACACAAUUAUUCAUCAUCAUACGUGUGGCACGGGGGAGGGCAGUUACGCAUGAAUGGUCAACCCCAUUUAGUCCAGUUCCUACGACCCUAGCAUUCACAAAUGUAUCGGUCGCAGCAGAAGAAACCAACGUUGCAAGAGCAGCUAGGCCGGGGCAUGACAGUGUUGAGUCAUAUUCCGUUUCGGCCAAGUGGGCGGAAGCAUAAAUAUGUAUGGCGUGGUUGAUUUAUUUUA